GGUAUCGUACCAAACGUUAAAACUAAAGUAGCCACUUUAUAAUCAAAAUAAUAUCAGGCGAAUAUAACUGUUAUAAGUGAAGCAGUAAAGUGCAUUUUAAUUUGAACAACUAUCACCUCUGUGUUUAUAAACUUUAUAAGAUAUUUUUUUUACUAUUAAUAAAUCAGUCUUUGUCCGUUACUUGACUAACAUGGAGUUGAUUUGGUUGUUAGCGUUUUGUUUUAGUUCCGUGUUUUGUUUUCAGAUCGGCGAGAAUGAUGGAGGAACAGCGCCCAGGGUCCCAAUGAACGAUGGAAACUCUAUACCAACUCUUGGACUUGGCACCUUUUUGGGGUUCGAUGAGAGCGGACAAAAAGAGGUGAAAGAAAAAGAAGUUGAAAAUCAGGUGACCUGGGCUUUGGAUGCUGGAUACAGGUUAAUCGACACGGCAUCCGCUUACCACACAGAAUCUCAAAUCGGUGUUGCUAUAAAAAAAUCAUCAAUCCCAAGGGAGAAUAUUUUUUUAGUGACUAAGUUGGCCUCUCACGAACAAAGGAAUGUCGUGGAGUCCCUCCGACAAUCGCUUUCACGACUAAAUAUGACUUAUGUGGACCUGUACCUUAUACAUACGCCGGUCACAUUCAAGGAAGAUUUCAGCAGUUUCGACGAUAUUGAUUAUUUGGACACUUGGAAAGGAAUGGAGGAGGCCCAGAGAUUAGGCCUGACUAAAUCUAUAGGCAUAUCUAACUUUAACAUCGAUCAGAUCAAGAGAUUGUUGGAGAACUGUAAUGUAAAGCCGGCUGUAUUGCAAGUGGAAGUGAACCUGAACUUGGCCCAGGACAAAUUGCUCGACUUCUGCAAGUCCAAUGGCAUAGUGGUCAUGGCGUACACACCGCUCGGGUCCCUGUUCGAUUCCAGCGGGAAGCCCCCGCCGCCGAGGCAUGACGAUACGGCGCUGGUGACAAUUGCUGAAAAGUAUGGAAAGACCACGCCUCAAAUUGUUUUGAGAUAUUUGACUCAACGUGGAGUGAUUCCCAUACCGAAGUCUGUGAACAAGAAACGUAUUGAAGAGAACAUAAAUAUUUUCGACUUUCAAUUGUCCGCUGAAGACAUGGAGAUCUUGGCCAAAUUCAACGCGGACUAUCGCACAGUGUUCCCCAGUUUCUGGCAAGAGCACCCGUACUACCCGUUCGAGAAAAAAGACGUGCCGGACCCGGACCCUUUCAAGGGAAAACCUAUUGGAUAAAAUUACAGUGGCAUUUUAAGCCAAACUAAUUAA